UUUUUUUUUUCUUUUUUUUUUGGCAAUAUAGUACCGUCCCUCAUUUAUAUCCACUUUAAUGCUACCUAACCACUUUGCGAGUAUGUUUACAAGUCAAAGGCGGAUUCCCUAACCUCACUAACAUUAACAUAGACUUGUGAGUUUCAGAAACUAAUCUUACAGUUGUUAAGUACACAAGAAAAAUGGCACAGUCCUUCACGCUCCGUACAUCUGCCAAACCACAACUUCGCUUUAAAGGAGACAAUCAACGUCUGGCAUUCUCCUCGCCCAACAAAUCCCAAACCCAUCUCCGGCCAACGCGCAUCUUCAGGGUACAAGCUAUAUCAGCACGCGCAUCCGUCGAAAUCCCUCGCCGAUGGUACAACCUGAUCGCCGACCUCCCGGUGAAGCCGCCGCCGCCGCUGCACCCUCAGACGUUCGAGCCGAUGAAGCCGGAGGAUCUCUCGCCGUUGUUCCCGGACGAGCUGAUCAGGCAGGAGGCCACCGGAGAGAGGUUCGUCGACAUCCCCGAAGAGGUUAUCGACGUCUACCGUCUAUGGCGCCCGACACCUCUGAUCAGGGCCAAGAGAUUGGAGAAGCUGCUGGGAACGCCGGCGAGGAUCUACUACAAGUACGAGGGCGUCAGCCCCGCUGGGUCCCACAAGCCGAACACAGCCGUGCCUCAGGUUUGGUACAACGCCCAGCAAGGGGUGAGGAACGUGGUCACUGAGACUGGCGCCGGCCAGUGGGGGAGCUCGUUGGCCUUUGCGUGCAGCUUGUUUGGUCUCAACUGUGAAGUGUGGCAAGUACGCGCUUCCUAUGACCAGAAACCUUACCGUAAGCUGAUGAUGCAAACUUGGGGUGCCAAAGUACACCCCUCACCUUCCACAAUAACUGAAUCCGGGCGCAAAAUACUCGAAAACGACCCCUCAAGCCCAGGAAGUCUUGGAAUCGCCAUUUCCGAGGCUGUGGAGAUUGCUGCUAAAAACGCCGACACUAAGUACUGUUUGGGGAGUGUUCUCAAUCACGUGCUCCUGCACCAAACAGUCAUAGGCGAGGAAUGCAUACAACAGAUGGAGGCUAUUGGCGAGACUCCGGACGUGAUUAUAGGGUGCACGGGUGGCGGGUCGAAUUUUGGGGGGCUCGCAUUUCCUUUUAUUAGAGAAAAAAUUAAUGGGAAGAUUAAUCCUGUUAUUCGGGCAGUCGAGCCGGCUGCCUGCCCCUCGUUGACGAAGGGUGUUUAUGCUUAUGAUUAUGGUGAUACGGCUGGGAUGACUCCCUUGAUGAAGAUGCACACACUCGGGCAUGAUUUUAUACCGGAUCCUAUUCAUGCUGGGGGGCUGAGGUACCAUGGCAUGGCUCCACUGAUUUCGCAUGUGUAUGAAUUGGGUUUCAUGGAAACAAUUGCAAUCGCUCAGACUGAAUGCUUUGCAGGGGCAAUACAGUUUGCUAGGUCUGAGGGUUUGAUACCGGCUCCUGAACCAACUCAUGCAAUAGCUGCCACUAUAAGGGAAGCUCUCCAUUGCAAGAAAACGGGCGAACCAAAAGUUAUUCUCAUGGCAAUGUGUGGACACGGCCAUUUUGAUUUGCCGGCUUAUGAGAAGUAUCUGCAAGGGGGACUUGUUGACUUGUCGUUUUCCGAGGAGAAAAUAAAAGCAUCGCUGGCCAAUAUACCUCAGACCAAACUGAGUUGAGAAUUUUUCCUAUUUGCUUAUCAAAUCUGACGAGAUAACUUUUGAUAACUGGAAUCAUUUACUCCUUUUCCAUUCUGGCUAAAGCUUACAAGAGUUACCGGGCCGGCAACAAUGUGUGUGUAAGCUUGUGAGACUUUUCCUCGUUUGAGAUGUUGGCAAAAUGUUUGAGUUUCUCCUUGUAAGGCUAUUGAAUUUGUAUGGAUGAGGUUGUAAUCUUUGCAUGUAUAAUUGGUUUUCACUUUGUGAUGAUAUUAAGUUUUUAACUUCACUUAAUUAUUGUUUGUGAGUGAAUAAUAUGGAUUCAAUACAU